AUGUCGGAAGUUCGGGUUAGGCCAAAGCACAGACUUGUGGCCGGAAGUGUGCACGUUGGUAGCUGUGUUAGUGCAAGAAGGCGGGGCAGUGGUAGCAACGCCUUCACAUUGGAUUACGCGCAGUUUUACUUUAGAGCGGUGCCAAUUAGUGGCCAACAGCAGCAACAACAGCGCCAGCAGCAGCACCAGCAGCUCGUGCAGCAGCAAUUGCUGGCCCAGCAGCAGCAGCAACUGCAGAUCCAGCAGCUGCAGCAACAAUUGCUGCUGCAGCGACUCGAGCGGGAGUUGCAGCAGAACUACGCGGCCCUCAGACAGCGCUGGCUCACCGGCUACGAGCAGGAGCAGCAGUUGCAGCACCACCAGCAGCUCCAACAGCUCCAGCAUCUCCAGCAGCUCGAGCAGCACCAACAGCUCCAGCAGCACCAGCAGCAGUACAGCUACUACUUCAGUCGCGGCAGCACAAGCACCGGCACCGGCAGCGGCCUGGGUCUGGGACUGGGCCUGGGCUUCGGUCUGGGCAGCGGCAACCUAGCCAGCUGGUACCACCUGCCCUCCACCUCGGCCCACAUCUAUAUCGGCACCACUAGCAGCAGCAGCGGAGGAGCAACCGGAGGUGGCGCGGAUAGCACUGCCUACCCGUAUCCGUACCGCAGCUUAGGCACCUAUUCCGGCGGCGGAUAUCCGGCGGCGGCACUAAUUAACUUCGAUGCCUCGCCCACCCCACUGCUAGCUUCAGCGGGAACCUCGCCGGGCUACCUACCGCCGCUAGCCGUUCCAGCGGCCUUGCCGCCACCACCGCCGGCGCCCAGUGUAGCCACCGACUAUUAUUUUACCAGCCGGAGUACACGGACAGUUCCGCCUCCGCCGCCGGCACCACCCACGCCGGCAGCAGUAGCAGCAUCAGCGGUAACAGCGGUAUCGGCGGGAGCAACAGCAGCCGCCAGACUAUCGCCGUUCCGGGAAUAUAGUGCGGCGGAGGAGCUGCAAGCUGGCUAUCGCUACAAGGCCACGCCCCGCAGGCGGUACGACGCCUACGACAACUACGGCUAUCUGCCGGGCUUCGCCAGCACCACCGAAGACGAGGAGGACCUGCUCGAGGACUGCCUGCCCCAGGCGCUGCUAUCCACCGACUGUUCAAGUCUCGAGGACGUGCGCUUCUUCCACCUGCAGGAGGAGGACGAGGACGAGGACGACGAGGAGGUGGCCACGCAGCUGGCGCACAUCCUUGACCUGCCUGACUUUCUGCAUCCGUACGGCGGCAGCGGCCGGGACGGCCUGCACAGCCACAAGACGCCGCCACAACACGAGUACCAGACGGAGCACGGCUCAGCCGCAGCGGGAGGGGCAGCAGGAGGGACAGGCGAAGUGGGAGGCGGAGGUCAUUCGCAGCGCAUCUCGGAGGAGCAGCGUUACCAGCCCUACCAGUACCAGCAACAGCACCAGCAUCAGCAACAUCAGCAUCAGCCGCUUAAUCAGCAGCAGCAGCAGCAGCAGAGGCAGCAGCAACAGUCGCAAUAUCCGCAGCAAGGUCAGCAGUUUCAGCAGACGCAGCAGCAGCAGGCGUACCACUCGUACCAAUAUCCUUCGCAGGACAGCUGCGAGGGCUUCAACCACUUCGCCACCAACGCCGGCAGCUGCCUGGGCAAUCAGAGAAUGAUGGUUAGCAAAUUGUGGAACAGCUGCUUCCCGGAGUUCACGCCGGACCAUGUGCAUCGGCACAACUUCUAUCUGUGUCAGUGGCAACGCAACACUCAGGUGCGGAUCGUGUACCUCUUCUAUCGCUGGAUCACGGCCAUCACCUGUCUGGCGGCACUGGUCUGCUCCUUGCUGGACAUCGGCCGCACCGAGGAGCACUUCGAGCACCACUAUGCCAAGUGGUGGAUCUACCUGACCCACUGGGGUCUGCUCUUCUGCACCGUACAGGCCUGGCUGGCUGCCUGGAUCGUUACCCAGGGCAUGAUGGUGGAGCGAGAGGACUUUGAGAUUGUGCGCCAGGCGAAGAAGAGCCGUCUGCAUCACCUGUACUGGGUGCUCUACACCUGUGCCACGGUCUACGCGUUCAUCGUUACCAUGUGCUAUUGGCUUCUGGUUCACAAUCCAGAUAUCCACAAGAUCGAUACGCUGAACAUCAUGGUGCACGUUUUGAACUCUAUUAUUAUGCUCAUCGACUUGGCCGUGGUGGGACAUCCGAUCAAGAUGAGCCAUGCCUACUUCACCACUGGAAUAGGGCUGGCCUAUGCCAUAUUCACGGGAAUUUACUUCUUGGCCGGCGGCACUGACAGGAAGAAUCAAACUGCCAUCUACCCGAUGAUGGACUGGACCAAGCCGGGCAAGGCGAUCAUUGUGACGGCCUGCGCCAUCAUCUUCACGUUCUUCGUGCACUUCUGCUGCUACCUCCUCUACCGCGGUCGGGUGUGGCUCUUCACCAAGCUCUGCAUCCGUGGGCGGCACAACCGCGACGGCGAAAUGGGCGAGGGUCUCAACGACGACUCGGGUUCCCGCAUGGGCGGAGGUGGCGGCGGAGGAGGAGGUGGCAUUGGUGGCGGCGGCGGUUCAGCUGGUGGCUCGGCGGGUGUCGCUGGCGCUGGGGGCAGCAGCCAGGAGUAUGCCCACCAGCAGCAAUACCCCAUCGCCCAUACGGAGCAACCGCGGGCGGGCAGCAACCAACAGCAGCAGCAGCAGCCGCCGGGCAGCUACCAGAUGCCGCCGCAGUACUCCGGCUAUCUACAGCAGCCGGUGGUCGCCGGAGUCAAUGUGGGCGUAAUCAGUGCCGAGGGCGUUUACCAGCCCAUUGGGACAGACGCCGGACGCACCAGCGGAGGAGGCGGUGGCGUCGACGGCAAGCAUAAGACCACCUCGGGCUCCGGAUCGGGAACUGGACAGGGGCAGGGACAGGGUUCGGGAUCGGGCUCGGCCUUGACGCGCACCGUGGCCCAUUUGGAGGCGUCGCAGCGGGAGCAGUUCCUCAACCCCAACAAGAUCGUCGAGUACAAGAUGUAAAGGCGUUGCACCCGGCACCGGUAUACGUUCCACUUGUCCAUGAAGUUUCUGGAGAAGCACUGUGCCCAGUGCGAGGCAACGCGCAGCGCCGUCUGCGAGGAGCAGCGCCACUUGGCGGAGGUCGGUGACUCGGCCUCGGUCCAGGCGCACGAGCACAGUGGUUAGUUCUUAGAGUUGCUUUGGAGGCGUCUGUCUAGAUUUCGAGUACCUACCUGCCAGGCCAAUCGAAGGAUCGCCCCCAAAAUCAGUAUUGCACUUGGUAUUGUUGUUUGGCAAAGUAGUUUGUAACCGUAGUUUCGUAAUUUUGUAAAAGCUUUGCCAAUUUUUUAAAUGUGUAGACGCUUCUCGGCGGGCAGGCCAGGGCCCGCAUAUGUAGCACGAACUAAGUUUAGAAUACUAGAGAUGUUCCUUUAAGACGAGGAUUACCAUUGAGUGGGUAAUUUAGGGUAAUCCCUUCAGCAAGUCGUUCCAACAAUUUAAAACGUUUUAAUGGACUAAGUUGAACAUGUAAUUUAUGUGUUAGAGCUCCACGUAUACGUAUUAAUUUUGACCCCCAUAAAACGCAAUUGUGUUCAGCAAAAAUAUAAUUACACUGCGAGUAUUAACCCUUAGUUUCGGUUCUUGCUCAUGAAGAAGGAAAAAAAGUUCAAUACUGCCUACGAUAAUUUAAAAUUUAAAUUAUAUAUUUUUGAGCAUAGGUUUUCUUUCCCAUUAAUCCAAAGAAAUUUUAUAUAUCGGUGCAGGUGUCAAGCCAGCUCAUGCUUCAUCCAGGGCAGCACACCACUGAGGUCCUUUUGGGUGCAAUGUUUACGGAGCAUACGGACAUGGCUAAUCAAAUUGGCAGUUUUUUAACGGAACUAAAGACAAACAGAAAAUAGAGAAAACAUUAAUUUUAGGACAUGCUUGGCAUUGAUUUGCUUAGUGAUUAGUGAAUUAAUAAUAUAUAUAUAUAAUACGUUUAUUUACAUAAAUUAUUUCUCAGCAAGCCCGAGAGCUGAAAAGACACUCUAAUAAACAUUAUUCUACAGAGCACCACUCCCGAAGGAAGUUACCAAUAACACUAACAGAAAUAAAUAUUUUAGCGUACGAUGUUGAAAAGUGUAUUACUUAACGUUUUCCUUUUUGCUCAGAAAAUAAACAUAGGUAUCGAAAUUCCUGUACUCUACAAAAAUUCACACGAAUUCCUUUUGUUGCUCUCUGCCACUCGGAGGACCCUCCGAUGCACUGAAGAAAAGCGGAAUUCUAUAUAUGUAUUAUGCAUAUUUAUGUGUGUAAAUAGCUCAUUUUGAAUAGGUUCAUAAAAUUCUAUCUAUAUUCAAAUGCAUUAGCCAACAAGAAAUUAGGAAACUGUUAAAGGAAAAUAUCAGAUCGCGUAAAAGGGUAUAGCCGACAACUUGAAUACGGAAAUUCAAAAGGAAUUCAUUAAACUAAAAAUCAAAUGCAUGGAAUAAAACUCGUCAAGAGGAAUGUGUUAACAAGCAAAAGCUAAACAAAAUACAAGAGAAUAUUUAACCAAAUAUACAAACACAAUCACACACCAAAUAGCAGUCCCCCACUAUUCUACUCCCCCACAUAAUAUUGACUAUAUACUGUGUAAUGCAUAGCCAGGUAAAGUAAACAGCCAUUAAUUUUUGAUAGAUUUACAUACAGACAUGCGAGUAUAUUAACCAGGUCAUCCUCAGAUCUUCAAGAAACCUUAUUUUACCAUACUCACAAUUAUGUCGCACACCUUCCCUCUUCGUUGGAGAACUGAAUGCAUUUCAGUCUAGCACGUUUUUCCGAAUUUGUUUU